CAUUUCUACGACUUGAGCGUGUGGUAUUGACACAGGAUGCAUUCGACUACGUUUCCGCCGCCGCCGACAGACUCAAUUGACUGGUCAAAUAUCGGAUUCAGAACUCGCGAAGUUACUGGUCAUAUUGAGUCCCAUUACAGCACAAAGACGGGCAAAUGGACAGAGCCUGAGUUCAUUCAGGAUCCAUACAUUCGGGUACAUGGACUUGCACCCGGUCUCAACUAUGGACAGCAGUGUUACGAAGGCCUCAAGGCUUUCAGGGAUCCUAGUGGACAGAUCAGCAUCUUUAGACCGGACCAGAAUGCGCAACGAAUGCAACAUUCUGCCUCGUAUAUCAGCAUUCCACCAGUCCCUACAGAGCACUUCUUGCGAUGCUGUAAGUUGGCCGUCGGCCUAAAUGCCGAGUUCGUUCCUCCUCACGACACCGGAGCUGCAAUGUACAUUCGACCUCUUCUAUACGGCUCAGGAGCACAGCUACCGCUAAAUCCCACCGAUGAGUAUACCUUUGUCGUGUACGUUCUGCCAGUGGGUGUUUAUCAUGGUGUGCACCCUGUGGCAGCACUCAUCCUUGAGGAUUUCGAUCGCGCUGCUCCGGAAGGUGUCGGAUCGGCCAAAGUUGGAGGAAACUAUGCCCCUGUGCUGAGAUGGAGCGAGAAAGCCGGUAAGGAAGGCUUCGGUAUUACGCUUCACCUCGACAGCAAGACUAGAACCUCCAUUGACGAGUUCUCGACGUCCGGGUUCAUAGGGGUGAAGAAGGAUGGAGAAGACAUAACGAUCGUUGUGCCAGAUAGCAAGUCUGCCAUCAAGAGUGUCACUUCCACUACUGUUUGUGAAAUUGCACAAUCCUUUGGCUGGAAGGUCGAGAAGCGAGAGGUCAAGUACGAGGAGCUCUCUGGCUUCGACGAGGUGAUGGCGGCUGGCACAGCAGCAGCUUUAGUUCCCAUAAAGUCUGUUACUAUGCGCUCAACUGGAGACACGUUCGAGUACAAAGGUAUGGACGGCGAGCCCGGCCCAGUCGUCGUGAAGCUCCUUCAGACUCUGAAAGGUAUUCAACUUGGCAAGCUCAAGGAUGAAUUUGGCUGGUGUCAGCGCGUGGAGCAACCGCAAGGCUUCCACUCUGCGGAUGGAGCUGCGAAUAGUUCUGCGAAUGGAGCGAGUGUAGAUCAACUACCGUGAUAUGCCAAGCCCUUCCUACGUAGGGCUGACCUGGACGCCGUGGAAGAUGCAAGACUGUCCUGGCGAUGGCUUUCACAUCACAGGCUAAUGGCAUAGAUACCAAAUAGCGUUUCGCAUCUUUCGAUCGAUAGGCGCAUGGCCAACCAAUGACUCUCAAGUACGCUUGCACCCCUAUCGUGAUCCGACAUCAACAUUCCAGAUCUGCUAUUCGAAAAUCCUUCCAAGACUUACUCCCAGAUUAUACGGUUCCCAACUCUGUGGGGUGGUUACGCUCGUGCUGGGUCCAGCUCGUUCUUGGUCCAACGCGUUCCGUGGUUGAAUACAGCAUUAAGUCUCUGACUGUGAGGGCGCCACUCAAG